AUGAAGCUCUUCGCCAUCUUGGCCGCUUUGCCCGCCUUGUCUUCGGCUCAUACCAUCGCUCAGCGCGUCAGACAACGGUCUAUCAAACGGUAUCAGGGUCGCUACGUCAAACAACCCCAGUACGUCAAGCCCUUGCCCAAAGCUUGUCUUCAUACACUAAACCAACCUCGUUCAGUCAGCAAUGUCAACGAUGCGAGCAUCGCCUGUAAAUCCGGCUUCCAAUCCCCCGUGUCCAGCAAAGUCAUCGACGUCAAAGCCGGCGACAAAGUAGGCGUAAACUGGGGCCACAUCAUCGGCGGCGCCCAGUUCGCAAACGACGCAGACCACCCCAUUGCAAAGAGCCACAAGGGCCCUGUGCUUUUUUACAUGGCCAAAGUCGACAACGCAGCCAGCGCCUCCACCUCGGGCCAAAAAUGGUUCAAAGUCUACGAGGACGGCCUCGACAUGAGCAGCGGCACGUGGGGCGUCGACCGCAUGAUAUCCAACGGCGGCUGGGUCGACUUCACCAUGCCCUCGUGCAUCGCGCCUGGCAACUACCUCCUGCGCGCCGAGAUCAUCGCGCUGCACUCGGCGACCAAGAGCCAGGGAGUGCAGUUCUACAUGGGCUGUGCGCAGAUUAAUGUCAGCGGGAGUGGAAGCAAGACUGGCACAACUGUCAGCUUUCCAGGCGCAUAUGGACAGAGCGACCCGGGUAUUUUGGUGAGCAUCUACGACAAGCAGGGGAAUCCGAAGGGCAAUGGGAGCCCGUAUCAGAUUCCGGGGCCGGCGGUUAUGACUUGUUAG